GUCAUAGUUUAGAUAACAAUUAAAAAUGGGAGUUUCGGGUACGAAAAGCUUUGAUACACAAGACGACUGUCGUUGUAACCCUUGUGAAGAUCUACAAGAAGAAGUAAGACCAAAGAAAACAGCCGAGCCAUUUCAAUUUCCAGUACUCCCGAAACCUCAGCCCUUGUCCAUGUUGUUGGACAGACAACUGGUAUGCAGAAACAUGGCUGUGGAUGGAGAAUGUCUCAGUUAUAUGAAGAAUGAAAAUGGUGAUGUUGGACUGUAUGUUGACAAGAAGAGAAUGAGCGAUGGUAACUACUUUGAAGUAGAGAUAUUAAGCACUGGAAUGCGUGGAUCUAUUG